CCUAGUUAAAAAUAAAAGGGCUUGGAAGAUUUGUCCCUGAAGGCAGAAACUGCCCAGCAAUUUAAUUCCACUCUUCAACUUUCAUUAUUUUAGAACCAUCUAAUUUUUUUUUUUGCCUUCUCUUUAAUCUUGUUUUCACGCUUGUGCUGGCUGGACCUACCCUCGCCGGGAAACAUCAAUGGCAACCCACAACGACUCUAACGAAGCUUCACCACGACGGACCUAAUCAUCCCAUUGUCCUCCUUCGUCACUGCCAAGAACUCUGCAAGCGACCAGUCGCUGUGAGACCACCAAAUCUCGUCGGAAAUUAUCACCAUGCUGGCGAUCAUGGACAAAUCGAAGCAAUGAAAGUGUGUACAGAAGGAAACUGUAGUAGUAACGUCGAAAGCGAGAACAAUAUUACUAGUAUUAGUGGUGGUGAUGGACAAUUGGGUGGAAGGGUAAUGGCUGUGGUGGGAGUGAAGAGUUGCUGGCGUGGGCUUUGGUUAAGGUCGCUCAGCCUGAAGAUCAUGAUAUGUUAUUGAUUCGUAUUCUGAAUCGCCAUGGCAAGUCAGGCUCUAAAGAGGAUGGUACUACUGAGACGGAAUCAACUCUUUCGGAUUCAAGGCAGCAUAAAAGGAAGGAUAGAGAAUCUAGUGAUUCACGCCGGGAAAAAAAUUCCAGGGGGCCUCACAAAAGGAAGAAAUAUGAGGAAGAAAAAUAUUCAUCCUCAAAUUCUGCUGGCAGGAAACCGAUUAAAAGGAGAGAAUUCGGUAAUCGCAAACAAGAAGGCGAUAAAGCACCACCGCAGAUGAGAGAUAACGGAGGCAAACUAAAGAGGGGCUUAUCUUUUGUGGUCCCAUAUGAAGUCAAUGACCUCCUUUUCUCUAAUUUUUUUCGAAGGUCUGUGCUUCAACCCAUUUGGAGAAAUAGUCAGUCAUACACAAAAUAAAUCGGGCCUUACCUGGUGCCCAUGGAAAUAGACCAACAAUGUCCAUUCCCCACUUCAUGAAAGGCCAAGGUAACACAACCGAAUACAAAGAACUCCCCGGGCUGAUGAAUCAUCGGGGCAUGUCUUUGACACGCGUCGCAUUUUCGGACAAAAUUCUUUGAAUCUUCCUCUAUCCGGUUCCAGUAAUAACUGGCUCUGAUAAUCUUUCGGACCAGGGCUUUAGCACCGGAGUGGUUGCCGCAGGUCCCCUCGUGUACCUCUCUCAUCACAUACUCCAUUUCUCCGGGACCCAAACACUUGGCCAGGGGUCCGAAGAAAGACCGUUGAUACAGUUGGCCGUCUACGAAGCAGAAACGCGCAGCUUUUGUCCUUAGUGACUGUGAUUCUUUUGCGUCACUCGGGAGCUUUCCAUCUCGCAAGUAAUCGAUGUACUUAUUGCGCUAAUCCCAAGUUAAACCCAUUGUGUUUAUUUCGGCAUGUCCAUUCUCUAUCGCCGUAUUCAUCAAGUGCACCGUAGUCUCGGGUUUGAUUUCUUCCCCUUCGACCGAAGAUCCC